GACCUGCCACUCUGCGCGGAAUGGCAGCGGCAGCAGCAUCCCCGCCAGCGGCGGUGGCGACGACAGCCACGGCCACCGCAGACGCUAUUGUUCCCCGGUGUUAAACGCGUUUUCCCUCCUUUUCAUCCUACACGAACAAUAGCUGGGAAGAGCUUUGCUUUCUGUACUCCUUGGGAAGACGUUCCGAGGGGGGAGGAAGAUUCCCUGCCGGCUGCGUCCUGGAUCCGGACCCUGGAGCGGCUGCGGGCGGCAUGGGGCUGCGAGCGAGGAGCUUGGCGUCCCGGAGCCCGGGCGCUGCGGGCUCGCGCCCGGCCGUCCUGCCGCUGCUGCUGCUGCUGCCGCUGCUGCUGCGCCGGGGCGCCCACGGGGCUGCGGCACCGGGCGAGGCGGAGGCCCCCACCCUCUAUCUGUGGAAGACUGGUCCGUGGGGCCGGUGCAUGGGAGACGAGUGUGGUCCAGGAGGCAUUCAAACCCGGGCUGUGUGGUGUGCUCACGUGGAGGGCUGGACAACGUUACAUACGAACUGUAAGCAGCCUGAGAGACCCAGUAACCAGCAGAAUUGUUUCAAAGUCUGUGACUGGCACAAAGAGUUGUAUGACUGGAGGCUGGGACCCUGGAAUCAGUGUCAGCCUGUGAUUUCUAGAAGCCUGGAGAAACCCCUGGAGUGCGUUAAGGGGGAAGAAGGCAUUCAGGUGAGAGAGAUAACGUGCAUCCAGAAGGAGAAAGACAUCCCUGCAGAUGAUAUCAUUUGUGAGUACUUUGAGCCCAAGCCUCUCCUGGAACAGGCCUGCCUCAUCCCCUGCCAGCAGGACUGCAUCGUGUCUGAGUUUUCGGCCUGGUCGGAAUGCUCCAAGACCUGCGGCAGUGGGCUCCAGCACCGGACCCGUCACGUGGUGGCACCCCCCCAGUUUGGAGGCUCCGGCUGCCCAAACCUGACGGAGUUUCAGGUGUGCCAGUCCACUCCCUGCGAAGCCGAGGAGAGCAUGUACAGCCUGCAGGUGGGUCCCUGGAGCACGUGCUCCACACCCCACUCGAGACAAGCAAGGCAGGCGAGGAGACGCGGGAAAAAUAAAGAACGGGACAAGGACCGGGGAAAAGGAGUGAAGGAUCCGGAGGCCCGUGAACUAAUUAAGAAAAAGAGAAACAGAAACAGACAGAACCGACAGGAGAACAAAUAUUGGGACAUCCAGAUUGGAUAUCAAACCAGAGAGGUUAUGUGUACAAACAAGACGGGGAAAGCUGCUGAUUUGAGCUUUUGCCAGCAAGAGAAGCUGCCAGUGACCUUCCAGGCCUGUGUGAUCACCAAAGAGUGCCAGGUGUCAGAGUGGUCUGAGUGGAGCCCCUGCUCCAAAACGUGCCACGACAUGACAUCCCCUAAGGGCACCCGUGUGAGGACGCGGCUCAUCAGGCAGUUUCCUAUUGGCAGCGAGAAGGAGUGUCCAGAACUUGAGGAAAAAGAACCCUGUGUGUCUCAAGGACAUGGAGUUGCCCCCUGUGCCACGUACAGCUGGAGGACUACAGAGUGGUCCGAGUGCCGUGUGGACCCUCUGCUCAGUCAGCAGGACAAGAGACGGGGCAACCAGACGGCACUCUGCGGUGGAGGGGUGCAGACUCGAGAGGUGUACUGCGUACAGGACAACGGGAACCUCUUCUCACACUUAAACACCAAGGACAAAGAAGCCUCAAAACCAGUGGAUAUGAAGUCAUGCACCGGUCCUAGCCCUAAUACUACACAGCUGUGCCACAUCCCCUGUCCUAUUGAAUGUGAAGUUUCACCUUGGUCUGCUUGGGGACCUUGUACUUAUGAAAACUGUAAUGACCAACAGGGCAAAAAAGGAUUCAAACUGAGGAAGCGACGCAUUACCAAUGAGCCCACUGGAGGCUCUGGGGGCACCGGGAACUGCCCUCACUUACUGGAAGCCAUUCCCUGUGAAGAGCCCUCCUGCUAUGACUGGAAAGCAGUGAGGCUCGGAGACUGUGAACCAGAUAACGGAAAGGAGUGCGGUCCAGGCACUCAAGUUCAAGAGGUCGUGUGCAUCAACAGUGACGGAGAAGAAGUUGACCGACAGCUAUGCAGAGAUGCCAUCUUCCCCAUCCCUGUUGCCUGCGAUGCCCCUUGCCCCAAGGACUGUGUGCUCAGCAUGUGGUCUGCGUGGUCCUCUUGCUCCCACACCUGCUCAGGGAAAACCACAGAAGGAAAACAGAUACGAGCACGGUCCAUCCUGGCUUAUGCAGGUGAUGAAGGUGGAGCUCCCUGUCCAAAUAGCAGUGCUUUGCAAGAGGUGCGCAGCUGUAACGAGCAUCCCUGUACUGUGUACCACUGGCAGACUGGUCCCUGGGGCCAGUGCAUCGAGGACACCUCGGUAUCAUCCUUCAACACCACCACAACUUGGAAUGGGGAAGCCUCUUGCUCUGUUGGCAUGCAGACAAGAAAAGUCAUCUGUGUGCGGGUCAAUGUGGGCCAAGUGGGACCCAAAAAGUGUCCUGAAAGCCUUCGACCUGAAACAGUGAGGCCCUGUCUGCUUCCUUGUAGGAAGGACUGUGUUGUGACCCCUUAUAGUGACUGGACAUCAUGCCCUUCCUCAUGCAGAAAAGGGGACUCCGGAAUCAAGAAGCAGACUCGGCACCGGGUCGUCAUUCAGCUGCCAGCCAACGGAGGCCGGGACUGCACGGACCCUCUCUAUGAAGAGAAGGCCUGCGAGGCCCCUCAAGUGUGCCAAAGCUACAGGUGGAAGACUCACAAGUGGCGCCGGUGCCAGUUAGUCCCCUGGAGCGUGCAGCAGGGUAGCCCUGGAGCACAGGAAGGCUGUGGACCUGGACGGCAGGCUAGAGCCAUUACUUGUCGAAAGCAAGAUGGAGGCCAGGCUGGCGUCCAUGAGUGCCUCCGGUAUGCAGGCCCCGUGCCAGCCCUCACCCAAGCCUGCCAGAUCCCCUGCCAGGACGACUGUCAGUUUACCAGCUGGUCCAAGUUUUCUUCCUGCAAUGGGGACUGUGGUGCAGUUAGGACCAGAAAGCGCACUAUUGUUGGAAAAAGUAAAAAGAAGGAAAAAUGUAAAAAUUCUCAUUUGUACCCACUGAUUGAGACUCAGUACUGUCCCUGUGACAAGUAUAAUGCACAGCCUGUGGGGAACUGGUCAGACUGCAUUUUACCAGAAGGAAAAGUGGAAGUGCUGCUGGGAAUGAAAGCACAAGGAGACAUUAAGGAGUGUGGUCAGGGAUAUCGUUACCAGGCAAUGGCGUGCUACGAUCAAAAUGGCAGGCUCGUGGAGACCUCCAGGUGUAACAGCCAUGGUUACAUUGAAGAGGCCUGCAUCAUCCCCUGCCCCUCAGACUGCAAGCUCAGCGAGUGGUCCAACUGGUCUCGCUGCAGUAAGUCCUGUGGGAGUGGCGUGAAGGUCCGGUCUAAAUGGCUGCGAGAAAAACCUUAUAAUGGAGGAAGGCCGUGCCCCAAACUGGACCACGUCAACCAGGCCCAGGUGUACGAGGUCGUCCCUUGCCACAGCGACUGCAACCAGUACGUAUGGGUCACGGAGCCGUGGAGCGUCUGCAAGGUGACCUUCGUGAACAUGCGGGACAACUGUGGAGAGGGCGUGCAGACCCGGAAAGUAAGAUGCAUGCAGAACACAGCGGAUGGCCCUUCUGACCAUGUAGAAGACUACCUCUGUGACCCAGAAGAGAUGCCCCUGGGCUCUAGAGAGUGCAAAUUACCAUGUCCUGAGGAUUGUGUGGUAUCCGAAUGGGGCCCAUGGACCCAAUGCACUUUGCCUUGCAAUCAAAGCAGUUUCCGGCAAAGGUCGGCUGAUCCCAUCAGACAACCUGCGGAUGAAGGAAGAGCCUGCCCCGAUGCUGUUGAGAAGGAACCCUGUAACCUGAACAAAAACUGCUUCCACUAUGAUUAUAAUGUAACAGACUGGAGUACGUGUCAGCUGAGUGAGAAGGCAGUUUGUGGAAAUGGCAUGAAAACAAGGAUGUUGGAUUGUGUUCGAAGUGAUGGCAAGUCGGUUAACCUGAAGUACUGUGAAGAGCUCGGCCUGGAGAAGAACUGGCAGAUGAACGCGUCCUGCAUGGUGGAAUGCCCCGUGAACUGUCAGCUUUCUGACUGGUCUCCUUGGUCACAGUGUUCUCAAACAUGUGGCCUCACAGGAAAAAUGAUCCGAAGACGAACAGUGACCCAGCCCUUCCAAGGUGAUGGCAGACCAUGCCCUGCCCUGAUGGAACAGUCCAAGCCUUGCCCAGUGAAGCCCUGUUACCAGUGGCAAUAUGGCCAGUGGUCUCCAUGCCAAGUGCAGGAUGCCCAGUGUGGCGAAGGGACCAGAACAAGGAACAUUUCUUGUGUAGUGAGUGAUGGGUCGGCUGAUGAUUUCAGCAAAGUGGUGGACGAAGAAUUCUGUACUGACAUUGAACCCAUUAUAGAUGGUAAUAAAAAAACGGUCCUUGAAGAAACCUGCACCCAGCCCUGCCCAGGUGACUGUUAUUUGAAGGACUGGUCUUCGUGGAGCCUGUGUCAGCUGACCUGUGUGAAUGGGGAGGACCUAGGCUUCGGUGGAAUACAGGUCCGUUCCAGAGCGGUGAUUAUCCAAGAACUAGAAAAUCAACAUCUCUGCCCAGAGCAGAUGUUAGAAACAAAAUCAUGUGAUGAUGGGCAGUGUUAUGAGUAUAAAUGGAUGGCUAGUGCUUGGAAGGGCUCUUCCCGAACAGUCUGGUGUCAAAGGUCAGAUGGAGUAAAUGUAACAGGGGGCUGCUUGGUGGUGCGCCAGCCUGAUGCUGACAGGUCUUGUAACCCGCCGUGUAGUCAACCCUACUCGUACUGCAGCGAGACGAGGACGUGCAGUUGUGACGAAGGGUACACUGAAGUCAUGUCUUCCAAUGGUACACUUGAGCAGUGCACGCUUAUCCCCGUGGUGGUGAUGCCCACUGUGGAAGACAAAAGAGGAGAUGUGAAAACCAGUCGGGCAGUACAUCCAACCCAGCCCUCCAGUAACCCAGCAGGACGGGGAAGGACCUGGUUUCUGCAGCCAUUUGGGCCAGAUGGGAGACUAAAGACCUGGGUUUACGGUGUAGCAGCUGGGGCAUUUGUGUUACUCAUCUUCAUUGUCUCCAUGAUUUAUCUAGCUUGCAAAAAGCCAAAGAAACCCCAAAGAAGGCAAAACAACCGACUGAAACCUUUAACCUUAGCCUAUGAUGGAGAUGCAGAUAUGUAAACUGUUAAUUUACCCCGCAACAACAGGUUUCAGCUUUCUGCCUUUGCUGUAGAUACCCAGAGGCCAAAAAGCUAUUCAAACUGUGGGGAUUAAAAUGCAUUUUAACUUUUUAAAAGAUCAUCAUAAAGAAAAGAGUGAAAAUCACAGUGCCAUUGAAGAUAUCAAGACAGUACCACUUAGAAAGAAACCAUCUGCCCUGAGAAUUCUAGGAGAUUUAGUUGAAUACAUGCUGCAUUCCGAGAGUUUUAUGAGAUCUUUUCUGAAAUCUACCAACUGACAGUUCACCUUCGUCUCUAAAAUACGGUGGUCGAAUUGGCCAGGUAGGAUGCCUGAUGCAAGCCUCUGUCUGCAGUGUUAACCCAUAGUAAGAUUUUCGCAUGAAGAGUUAAUACCAAGAUCUCUACACUACUAUAGCCAGACGUAACAACAUAUAUACUCAGUUGAAUGAUACACAUUAUUAUGUCAGAUCAUAUACUUGUUG